GUUGUUGUUGUUGUUGUUGAUCAGGUGUAGUGACAACACUGAUGAAGGUUUUAUCUGCUGCUGCUGCUGGUGGUGCUGGUGUUGGUGGUGCACAAUAUUACUGACAUAUUACCUGCACUCUGCUACACUGACUCAACCUAUACCACCCCCUCCAUAUUUGACAUUUUGACUGAGUUACCAGCAAGGAAGGAAAGAGAGAAGAGCAGGUCAUCCUUACACCAGAAGAAUUACAGCAAUGAUGCCAAGACCCUGUGGCAUUAAGCUGUGUGUGUAUGGCACAGUCAACAGAAGAAUUACUGCAGCAGUGACAAGACCCUGUGACAUUGCUAUGUAUGUGGAAGAAAUACUGUAGAUACAGUAGUGUCAGCAAUUAUUGUCAUAAAGCUCUCCAUAUUGUCAAAUCUACAUGUUGUGUCAGUUCUUAAUAUCUUCACGCUUAGUGUGUUCCAGCAUUCUGGAGCACAUUCUUAACAGCAUAUUGAAACAAAUUUACUCGGUUAAAUAUCAUCACUGAAUACUUAUAACAUUGUUCAACACCCAUGACAGUAACAACAUAUUCCUCUGAAGUAUUAUACAUGCAUAAUCUAUGUCUAGAGAUGUAAAAUUAACUCAGAUAUCAAAGUAAAGGAAUAUUUUAAAUUGCUUUUUUAUACUAGUAAAGAAGGGUAUAUAAGUAUUUCAGGUGCUGACUAAUUCACUUUGAUGUCUUUUGGAUAAUUUACAGUGUUGUAACUAUUAUGAAGUAAUAUACUUGAAUAUCUUUUAUACUGUUUACUCAAAAAUCAAUUAUGUACAGGGAUUCUGUACUUCUUCUUUCAACAAACCGGGCAUAUCCCACCGAGGCAGGGUGGCCCAAAAAGAAAAACAAAAGUUUCUCUUUUUAAAUUUUUUAAUUUAUACAGGAGAAGGGCAACUAGCCCCUUGCACUCGGCAUUUUAGUUGCCUCUUGCAUGGCUUAUGGAGGAAGAAUUCUGUUCCACUUUUCCAUGGAGAUAAGAGGAAAUAAACAAGAACAAGAACUGGUAAGAAAAUAGAAGAAAACCCAGAGGGGUGUGUGUACAUAUACGCUUGUACAUGCAUGUGUAGUGUGACCUAAGUGUAAGUACAAGUAGCAAGACAUACCUGAAAUCUUGCAUGUUUAUGAGACAGAGAAAAGGCACCAGCAGUCUUAUCAUCAUGUAAAACAAGUACAGGCUUUUGUUUUACACUCACUUAGCAGGACGGUAGUACCUCCCUGGGCGGUUGCUGUCUACCAACCUACUACCUAGUCUGUACUUCAUACUACUUCAUAUUAUUCCCUGCUUCAUAUUUCUUACAGUUGGUAGGAUUCAGAUAAAAAGUGCAUGAUACUCAUAUGUUCUGGCAAUAUUAUUGGCUUAAAUCUAUCCUCCACUAGUCUUAACGUUUUGAUGCUGUAGUUUAAAAUGAAUACACAAAUGUUUAAUACUGGGUACUGCCAUUAAUGCCACAAAGAACAAACAUACUUGGUGACAAACAAAUUAAUUACCUUUUUUUGUUUUAUCAAUAGGAAAGUUGAACAUAAUUUAAGUAAGCAUUUAAUUGUUUGAGUCAGUAAUUUACAGCACCAAUCUGGAGCCAGUUGUCAAAUAUAAUAUGACCUUUUAUACACUUAGUACAAAUACGUAAGAGUAAGUACAUAAGUAGAAGUAUAUUAUGUUCAUUGCUUAGAACACUAAAGAUAAGUCAGAUUCUUUGCAGUACAUCAGUAUUCAGUGAAAUCAAAAUCAUUUUCAUUAUCAUUGAUUCUGUUGCAGUUCAAGAAUGUUCAUAUUUAAGAGAAUUCAUUUAAGUGUUCAAAAUUCUUAAUGUACAAAUCACCUCUAAUGUAUCCUGUAAAUGAUCAUACAGUGGAGAGCUCAGUUCAGGCUCAAAAAUGUACAUCACUCUCGAAAGUAAAAUCAUCUAUAAUAAAACAGAUAAGAGUUCACACAGAGGUAAAACCAUACCAGUGUUCAGUGUGUCUGAAAGACUUUACACACAAUUCAAAUUUAAAGGAGCCCUUGGGAGAUCAUACAGAGGAAAACUUGUUGAAAUCACAUCAGUGUUUAUUGUGCUCAAAAUCAUUUCCUAAAAAGUCACAUCUACAAAAGCACUUAAAAGUUCAUAAAGAAGAGAAGCCUUAUACUUGUUCAGAGUGUCAAAAAGUGUACAUAAAUCAAGGAAGUUUACUAAGACAUUUGAGAAAUCAUCUUGGAGAAAAGCCUUAUCGUUGUGCAGUGUGCCAGAAAGACUAUUCAACUAAAGAAGUUCUAAAACGGCACUCAAGAAUUCACACUGGAGAAAAGCCAUACCAGUGUUCAGUGUGUCAGAGAGACUUUUCAGAUAAAGCAGUCCUUAUGCGACAUAUGAAAGUUCAUACAGGAGAGAAAUCCUACGAGUGUUCAUUGUGUCAUAAACAUUUUUCUCAAAAGUCUAAUCUAAAACAACACUUUAAAAUUCAUGCACAAGGGAGACUACAUCAAUGUUUAAUAUGUUCAAAAACAUUUUCAGAAAAAGCUCAUUUAGAUCAGCAUCUUGUAGUUCACAAUGGAGGGACACCGUAUAAAUGUUCGCUGUGUUCAAAAAGUUUUUUAAGUAAAACAAAACUAACAAGACAUACUAGAAUUCAUACAGGAGAAAAGCCUUAUCAAUGUUCAGAAUGUUUAAGAGGUUUUUCAGAUAAAUCAAUUCUUGUACGACACAUGAGAAUCCACACUGGAGAGAAAUUUCAGUGUUCAGUUUGUUCAAAAAAAUUUUCACGAAAAGCACUCCUCUGUCAGCAUUUGCGAGUUCAUACAGGGGAGAAACCUUAUCAUUGUACAGUGUGUCCAGAACGCUUUUUAAAUAAAGCAAAGCUUAAGAAGCACCUGAGGAUUCAUACAGGGGAAAAACCAUUUCAAUGUUCAGUGUGUCUUAAAGACUUUUCAGAAAAAGUAAUUCUAGUAAGACACAUGAAAAUUCAUACAGGAGAAAAACUGUAUCAGUGUUCGGUGUGUUCAAAAAGGUUUUCUCGGAAUUCACAUAUGGAAUUGCACAUGAAGGUUCAUGCAGGAGGGAAGCCAUACAACUGCUCAGUGUGUAUAAGAGGCUUCUUGCAUAUAUCAAGUCUAAGACGGCAUGUGAAAAAUCACAUAGCAGAAAAGCCAUACCAGUGUUCAGUGUGUCUAAAAGACUUGUCAGAUAGCAUGCAUCUGAUAAAACACAUGAAAAUUCAUGAAGGAAAGAAAUAUCAGUGUUCAUUAUGCUCAAGGAAAUUUUUACGAAAAUCAGAUUUAAAUCACCACUUUAAAGUUCAUUCACAAAGAAAACCAUACAAAUGCUCAAUCUGUGUAAAUGACUUCCUUAAUAAAGCAAGUCUAAUACAACAUAAGCAAAGUCAUACAGGGCAAAAGUUAUUUCAGUGCUCAAUUUGUCUAACAGAACUGCUAGAUAGUACAAAGUUAAUAAAACACAUGUUAACACAUAAAGGAGAUAGACAGUAUCAGUGUUCAGCGUGCUUAGAGUUCUUUACUGAAGAAUUUGGUCUAGAAAUCCACAAGAAAGCUCAUUCAGAAGGUAGAUCAUUUCAGUGUUCAGUAUGUCUAGAAGCCUUUGAGGAUAAAUCAACUCUAGAACAACACACUGUUAUUCAUACAGAAAAAAAAUCUGAAGAGAAUUCAGUGUGUGUAGAAAAUUUUAAAGAGGAGAGAGAAGUAAUAAUUCAUGCAGAAGAUAUAUCUGAGAAGAGUCCAGUGUGUAUAGGAGAUUUUAAAGGAGAGAUUGAAGUAACAGUUCGUGCAGAAGAGAUAUCUGAAGUGAGUUCCAUGUGUGUACAAGAUUUUAAAGGUAAAGAGAAAGAUGUUACACUUAAUACAGAAGAGAUGUCAUACCAGAGUUCUGUGUGUGUUCAAAAUAUUUUAGGUGAAGGAAUUCAAAUAAAAAACACAGAAAUUCAUUCUGAAAACAGAAGUGAGGAAUGUUCAUUGUAUGUAGAAGACUUGAAAGACAAUGAAAUUCUAGUUGAAAAUGUUACAGUUAAUACAGGAGAUGUAUUAUAUCAGUGUUCAGUGUGCCAAAAAGACUUUUCUGAUAAAGAAAUUGUUAUGCAACACACGGAAGAUCAUGCAGACAAUAAACAUGAUAAAUUUUAUGUGCGUGUAGAAGAUUUUGUAGAUACAACAAUUGUAGAAGAAGAGAUAGCAGAUCAUGUAAAAGAGACAUCAUACCAGUGUUCAGUGUGCCUAAAUGACUUUUCAGAUUCAGAGAGUCUUGUGCAACAUAUGAAAAUUCACAGAGAGAACCCUGGCAAGAGCUAUACAUGUGUGGAGAACAUUGAAGAUAAAUCAACCCUAGAACAACACUCCACAGUUCCAACAGAAGAGAAAUAUGAGGAGAAUUCAGUGUGGGCAGAAGAUUUUAAGGGUAGUGAGAAAGAAGUGACAGUUCACACAGAAGAGAUAUACCAGUGUUCAGUGUGCCAAAAAGAUUUUUCAGAUAAAAAAGUCCUCGUAGAACAUAUGAUAAUUCAUUCAGAAGAAAGACCUUAUCGCUGUUCAGUGUGUGCAAAAGAGUUUAGAAAUAAAGCAGUUUUAGAACAACACGUGGAAAGUCAUACAGGAGGGAGGCCACAUAGUUGUUCAGUGUGUUUAAAAGGUUUUUUAACUAAAGCAUGUGUAAUAAGACACAUGAGAGUUCAUACAGGAGAAAAGCCAUAUCAGUGUUCAGUAUGUUUAAAACACUUUACAGAUAAAGCAGUAGUAAUACGACACAUGAGAAUUCAUACAGGAGAAAAGCCAUAUCAGUGUUCAGUAUGUCUAAAAGGCUUUACACAAAAUUCACAUCUAAAGUUUCACAUGAAGGCUCAUACAGGGGACAACACAGAGAAAUCACACAAAUGUUUAGUGUGUUCCAAAAAGAUUUCUCCAGCACAUUUAGAACAGCACUUGAGAGUUCAUUUGGGAGAUAAACUAUAUAAUUGCUCACUGUGUCCAAAAGGCUUCGCUAGUAAUGCAAGUCUAUUAAGACAUAAAAAAGUUCACACAGGAGAGAAAUCAUAUGAAUGUUCAGUAUGUUUCAAAAAGUUUUCUAGAAAUUCUCAUCUAAAACAGCAUUUCAAAAUUCAUACAGGUGAGAAACCAUAUCAGUGUUCUGUAUGUUCAAAACAGUUUAUUCAGAAAGUACAGCUAGAGCAACAUUGGAGAGUUCAUACUGGAGAGAAACCGUAUAAUUGUUCAGAAUGUCUCAAAGACUUCAGGGUUCAGUCAAGUCUAAAGCAACACAUGAGAGUUCAUACAAGAGAGAAAUCAUAUCAGUGUUCGGUUUGUUCACAAAGCUUUUUACGAAAAUCAAAUCUAGAACAGCACUUUGGUGUUCAUAAAGAAGACGCACCAUACAACUGCUCAAUGUGUACAAAAGGUUUUUCAAAUAAAGCCAGUCUAAGUCGACACAUGAAAGUUCAUGCAGAAGAAAAGCGUAACACUGUUCAACCUGUGUAAGUCUUUCCAGGAAAAUACAAUAAUGAAAAGAAAGAUACAAAUGCUCAGGUGAUGUAGUUUUAGUACAGUUGAUCCCCACUUAACCUAGAUAGGCACUCAACAAAAAGAUCUUUAAGCAUUGAAUACUUCAAGUGACACUCAUAACCUGUAAGGCUGACCAAGAUGAUAAUAUUCUGUAUCUGGCUACUGUACUAUUAAAUUUUAGAGGGAAGGGGGUGGUGAUAAAAUUUAUACACUAGAGAUUCACUUCCUUCUCUCAUUCCCCUUACUCUCUCUGAUAUCAGUUCUUCCUUUCCUGUUCUCUCUCAUUGUUCCCCAUCUUUCCCCUUUUCCUCCUGCUGAAAGGUGACCACUGCUAGUAAUGUUCUCUAGUAAUGUCUUUUAAUUGCAGUUUCUCAUCAAAUACUGUGUAGAUACAAUUCAUAAUGCAGACGCAGCUGCAAAUGAAUCCAGGAGAGUGAAAAACAAAGGCAGUAAGCCUGGAUUCCGAUGUUUGAGCACUUCCUUCUGUCACUGACUUCUACCAUGGCAUAACUGCUGAGUCAAACACUUACUCUCCAAUGCUCUUAUUUAGGAGUUUUACACCCAUUGGUAACAACAGUAAUAACAGCAAAAUACUCUUACACAUCUCUGAAUUAACAUCAAAUUGUAUUUGUUAUGAUGGAGGCUGAUAGGAGGGACCUUGCCAUCCACUAAUCUGACAGUAAUUUCUGCUAGUAAUUUCUAUUCCUUGCAAAUACAUAUAAAAGAUAAUUGUAGAUAAAACAUAUAUUGGUGUAAUAGAUGGUAAUGAGAUAAACAUCAGAGAUACAUCGAGUAUUGAAGGUAUUAAGUCAUUUACACACUACUUAAUACCUCCGGCAGCUAAGUCUUAUAAUGUGUUUAAACACUUUUAUACGAAAAUUAUUAUGUUUUUAACACUCCGGCCAACACCCACUGAGGUAGGGCGACUCAACAAAGACGAAACACUUUCAUUAUUGUUCAUUCAAUCACUGUAUGGCCAGAAGGGUGUCGACAUUACAGUUUAGAUGCCCCUCCAAACUGCAAUAUUUCCACCACUUUUUCAGAGUGCAGGCACUAUAUAGUGGACCCUCGGGUAAUGACAUUAAUCCGUUCCAGAGAGCUUGUCUUUAACUGAUUUUUUCGUUAUCCGAAUUAAUUUUCCCCAUGAGAAAUAAUGGAAAUCAAAUUAAUCCGUUUCAGACACCCAAAAGUAUUAAGCAAAAUAGUUUUUUUACAUGAAAUAUAUAUUUCCCUACACAGAAAGCAAUGAGACAUGCAGAAUAAACAAUACUGAAAUGACACUUACCUUUAUUGAAGAUGUAUUGAUGAGUGAUGAGAUGGGAGGGGGGCAGAGAAUGGAGGAGUUUACAAUUGUUUAGAAGGGGAAUCCCCUUCCAUAAAGACUUCAGAUAACAAGUCCUUUUCUGGGGUUACCUCCCUUCUUUGUUUUUUAAUGCCACUAGGACCAGCUUGAGAGUCACUGGACCCCUGUCACACCAAAAAUCUGUCCAGAGAGCUGUGUUCCUGGAAUCUUUUUAAGAUUUCCCUAAAAUGGGACACAACAUUGUCAUUGUAGAUGCUGCCAGCACGGCCUGCAACAGCUGUGUCAGGGUGAUGUUUAUCCAUAAAUGUUUGCACAUAAGAAAGCAGAAACACUGCAGCAGGCCUGUUGGCCCAUACUAGGCAGGUCCUUCACAAACCAUCCCACUAACAGAAUCGUAUUUGCCCAACCCAAUUUUCAAUGCUUCCCAAGCAAUAAGCUUUGAUAAUUCUAUUCACUUGUGCACAAGUCCCAAUCAGAUCAAAUCAUGUGUGUGUGGGGGAGUACACUGUCUGGUAUGUGGGGAAGUACAUACCCUUGCUGGUGUGUGGGAAGUACCCUGGCUGGUAUGUGGGGGGGAAGUGCCCUGGCUGGUAUGUGGUGACGUGUACUUAGCUCAGUGGUGACGUGUACUUAGCUCAGUGGUGACGUGUACUUAGCUCUGUCAGUGGUGACGUGUACUUAGCUCUGUGAAGACCUGUUUGUGUGCUCUUGAGUGGUGACCGUACUUUGAGUGCUGACCUGUACUUAACUCUGUGAAGAAGUGUCUUGUUUGCUCCUGUGGACUGAACCAAGAUGCCCUCCAUCGAGCAACUUUACCAGCAACUUAAGGAAGAAUUGAGGGCAGCGAAGAUGGAGAUACGGCGAUUGACCGAGGAGAACAAGAGGAUUCGUAGUACUCCUCCUGUUUCGAGUCCUCAGGUCAAGAAGGGUUCGUGGUCAGUGGCUGGACAGCAGGGGACAACGAAGUUGACGAUCAAGAAGACGAAUGGAAAGCCAGAAACGAUGAAGAAGAAAGAGACUGCUGUGGAAACUCCCGUGGAAACCUCCAACGCAUUCUCGGUGCUACCCAACGAAUGUGAGUCGACUACUGGGAUCGUCACGACGAACGACAACAAGGAAGGUAAGAAUAUUGUUGUUGUUGGGGAUAGCCAGGUUAGAUACAUGGAUAGGGCAUUCUGCUUGAAGGACAGGAGUAGGAGACAAAGGGUAUGCUUUCCUGGGGCUGGGAUGGAGGACAUUGUUAGCCGGCUUGACAACAUCAUGAACGGUAAUGGGAUCAAUCCUAUUAUUUGCCUCAGUGCUGGAGGCAAUGAUGUAGGCAAGCGUAGAAGUGAGGAUUUAGUUAGAAAGUUCAGGACAGCUAUAGACAUAAUUAGGAAGAAGGGGGGGGCGCCCUGUUGUAUGUGGCAUUUUGCCAAGAAGAGGUGUUGGCAAUGAAUGGUUGUCCAGAGCAAUUGGUAUUAAUUGUUGGCUGGAUAAACACUGUAAGGACAAUGCAGUACCAUUCAUUGACAACUGGGACAACUUCUACGGCCGAAAUGACAUGUAUGCCAGGGAUGGGGUUCACUUAUCCAGGGCAGGUGUGGGUUUUCUUGCUAACUCAGUUGAGGUGGUUGUUAGGACUUUAAACUAGGAUUAGUUAGAGGUAUGGGUUUAGAAAUGAUUAAUAAUGAGUAUGGAUAUAUUGACUUGUGCUCUGAUAUUAAGAAUCUUAAUAGUAACUGUCAUGGAGUAACUCUGGGUAAUGAUAAUUCCAGAAAUUGUGUAAAAACUAAGAUGAAUAGGAAAAAUGUGCAGAAGAAAAAACACAUGAUGGUAUUUUAUGCUAACAGUCGAAGUGCAAGAAAUAAAAUUAAUGAACUACGUUUGGUAGCAUGUGCUGGGAACUUUGAUAUCAUUGCAUUAACUGAAACGUGGUAUGAUUUAAAGAGUCGGGAUAUGACUGCUGAGUGUAAUAUUCAGGGAUUUAAGUUGUUCAAUGUGGAUAGAUGUAAUGGGAAGGGGGGAGGAGUUGCAUUGUAUGUUCGAGAAAAUAUUAAUUGUUGCAUAAAAAGAGGUAUAAAAAUAGAUGGAGCAGUAACAGAGUCUGUUUGGGUAGAGUUCGUGGAGGGUCAAGAAAACUAAUUCUAGGUGUAAUAUACCGACCUCCAGGCUUGGAUCACGAUAGAGGGAGACUUCUUUGGGACGAAAUUGUUAGGGCUUCUGGACACAGUAACAUAGUCAUAGUAGGGGACUUUAACUUUAGUCAAAUUGACUGGAAUUCCUUGACAGGUAAUCUAGAGUCCAGUGACUUUAUGGAAACAGUUCAGGACUGUUUUCUGAAACAGAGCGUAACUGAGCCUACCAGGGGUAAUAAUUUGCUAGACCUAGUCUUGUCAAAUAAGGAAACACUCGUGAAUAAUCUGGAGAUCACUGAAGAGCUUGGCGCAAGUGAUCACAAAUCCAUCACUUUUAGCAUUAAUUGGGAAUGCAAGAAUAAUGAUAAUACAGUAAAAAUCCCUGAUUUCGUUCUGCCGAUUAUAAUGGACUUAGGGAACAUCUGUCUAAUCUUGAUUGGGGUUAUCUAGCUAAUGAUUUUAUUGACGAUAAUCAUACUUAUGAAUAUGAAGGGAUCUGCUUUUAUGAUUGUUUUCUUAAUAAUGUACACAGUGCCCAGAGUAUAUACAUUCCCCAGAGAGAAAUUAGGUCUAAUAAUAACGAUCCCAAAUGGG